AUGAGUCAAUAUUUGAACGAAAAUCGAAAGAUAACAAAGAGUUUGUACUACGAAAAGGCAUUCAUUUUCAUCUCUACCUUAGCAGGUCUCCAUGUGGAGACUCACUUCAUAGAAAAUCUCCUGGUCGUCUUCGUGUGAAGAAAGAAGGAAUGUCAGACACAGUAAAACUUGAUAAUCUACCACAAAGUGGCUCCACAGAGCAUCACGGUUUUACGUGUACAAUGUCAUGCAGUGAUAAACUCCUCCGUUGGAAUGUGUUAGGUAUUCAAGGAGCUUUGCUGAGUAACUUCAUCUCUCCCAUCUACUGCAAGAGUAUUAUUAUUGGUGAUCAGUUCCAACGUGAGCGCAUGAAGCGUGCCGUGUCUGAGAGACUAUCUGAUAAAUCAGGUAGUCUGCAACCCCAAUUAUACGAUGCCACUAGGCUGGAAGCCCAAAAGGCCAUUCGUGCGCAACUCUCAAGAAACAAACGACGAAAAGCUUCUAAAUGGAGUGUCAACUGGGUGAAAGGUAUUGAUUCUGAAAUAGUCCGAGGAGGAACGGGUAAACAGUUUGCUGUAGAAAUGUCUCGCCUUUGUAAAUACAAACUAGCAGAACAGUUUGUACAAGUAUGGAAAAAAGUUCACGGAACAGCCCAAGAUUCAAUUCCCAAGACAUACAAAGAAGCUAAGCAGAAAGCUGUGAUGUAUCAACGUGUCAAUAGUGACAUGCACAGACGGUUAGAGCUUAAGUAUGGCACAUGGAUUCAUAAACCAGGUCAAUGUGAUUCAUUCAAACUCAUUUAGUGUCAUGACUUGUAUUGCUUUAAUUGACACUUCAGCCUCAUUUGCACAUACCUUUCUCGCGUGACACUUUUCAGUAUAUUAUUAUUAGCUGUAUAUAUACUAUAGCCAAUAUCUAUAACACAGUUUACUUGAAUUUGAAUAAUUGUGUAGCCUAGGCUUUCUAGGCUCGAG